AUUCCAGGAAUGACCUUUGACUUCAUAGAAGUUUUUCCCGCGGUUUUGUGUCUGCUGACGUGCAUAAAUAUUUCCUUCUGCUGAUCCUGUGCUGACCACGAGCCUCACCAUUCUCAAAAACAAAAGAUCAGAAACGGCUUCACUGUCAGGAUUCCUGCAUGAUGGCGGCAGGACAGACAUCACUGACAUCAUUCAACUUCUGCCAUGAACCACACUCAGGCACCCUCUUGCAGGGCUUGGAGGGACUGCGAUCCAACAGCCUGCUGGUAGAUGUCAUCCUUUGUGUUGCUGGAAAAGAGAUUCCGUGCCACCGAAAUGUCCUCGCAGCUUGCAGUGGAUAUUUUCGUGCGUUGUUCUGUAACGGGCUUCGCGAGAGCAAGGAAGACAAGGUGACCAUUCAGGAAGUCAGCACCAGUACCCUCCAGCUUCUUGUUGACUAUGCCUACACUUCAAAAGUCACCAUCACCGAACACAACGCUGUGAAACUUCUGGAAGGGGCCAACUUCUUUCAGAUCCAACCUGUUUUUGAUGCGUGCACGACGUUCCUAUCUGAGCAUCUGUGUGCUCAGAACUGUCUAAGCAUGUUAGACCUGGGUGGAAUGCUGUCCCCUGACUUGGAGAAAAAGGCACUGCCGUACGCCAUGAAAGAGUUUACAGCCGUCAGCAAAACGCCCGAGUUCCUUUACCUGAGAAAGGACCAGCUCGUCACCCUCAUCUCAUCUGACAACCUCAACGCUUCAGAAGAAACUGUGUACACAGCAGUGAUGGCCUGGAUCAACCAUGACACCAGGAAGAGGAGGAAGGAGAUGAAAGAGCUGAUGGAACUGGUCAGGUUUCCCUUCAUGGACAAGAUGUACUUCAUGGAGAAAGUGGAGACCAACAACGCCAUACGCAAGUCUUGCCCAGAUAUCGUGUCAGAAACUCGCAGAUAUCAGCUGUUCCCAGGAGAGGUCCAGUCACCACGCACCCGUCCUCGUCGUGUCAGUGGUCUGAGGGAGGCAGUUGUGGUCAUUGGAGGGGCAGUGCAUCUAAAACAGGUAGAAGUUGAAGGUCUUGAGAAUACCGGACCGGCAACCUGUCCAGAAUUUUCGAACUCCAUUAUGAUGACCAGUUCUGCUGAGCCAUCUGGCUCAAGUUGGGUUCCUUUGACAACUAUGAAGCAGGACGCCAGCUAUGGCUUUGCUGCAGCUGUUCUGGGCACAAGUGACAUUAUUGUGUCUGCAGGUGAGAGGCCCAGGGUCGGGAAGGAAGUGUGGCUGUAUAAUGUAGAACUGGACAACUGGGCCAAACUUGCUCCAAUGAAUGUGACUCGGGCCUGGCACAAGCUGGCAGUGCUGCAAGGUAAAGUGUAUGCAAUCGGAGGCAAAAACUCGGUCAGCCCGGCACUGAGAUCUGUAGAGGUCUACGACCGACACCUGAACAAAUGGAGUGACGGUGUUUCACUCCCAGAGCCAAGGAGAAUGCAUGCUGUUGCAGUAUUGGAUGGCAACAUAUAUGUGAUUGGUGGAUCCAAUGAUGAAAACAAAGUAUCUACAGUAUACCGUAUCAGCCCAGGAGACACUGAGUGGCAUCCACAGAGUGACAUACCUGUAGCAUGUGGUAACAUCCCUGCUUCAGUUCUCAAUGGUAACAUCUAUGUGGUUGGACCCACACUAUCAUAUUUCUACACAAUGUAUUGUUUUACCCCUGGUGAUAACGGGGGUUCCUGGAGUGAGGUUGUUGAGGCAAAAGAAUUCUUUGUAAGUCUAACUCAUACAAGGUCAUUUGGAAUGACUGUCUUUGGAGGGAAGCUUUACAUCUGUGGAGGCAGAAGUUGCCACACUGCUAAAAAAACUGUCUACUGUUUUGAUCCAGAAGCCAAGUCAGUUAAGUUUGUGGGAACCAUGUCAAAGGGUUUGUUCAGCCAUGCUUGUGUCACUGUACUGAAGGGUGAUAGGGAAUAGACUACCAGUACCUUUCCUAGCCCUAGUCUCUUUUCCAACAUCUGAGCAAACCCAUGAUCACUGUCACAGCACCUAAUCCUGAUAUUUUUUUUUUUGUACUAGAUAAUUUUUGUCUUCAAGAUACUGUAAUAUAAGUAAUGACCAUAAUUUUGUCAAUCAUUAGAAAGAAGAUUCAGUCAAAUGGCUGGAAUAAUGCUCCUUUGUAUGAGAUAUUGCAAAAGCAUAAACUAUGCUUAGCAGCUACUAGUAUGUUACUGGAUUGACUGUUACUAGAUCUUUUUUUGCUAACUUUUAAUUAGGCAUUGUUUUCAAUUUAUAAGCUUAUGGGAAUUGGCUAUACAGUAUCAUAUGUAACGUUACAUGUAGUUUCACAUAUUCUGUGGAUUUGAAAUAGUUGUCGGGGGUAAGUAUAUCCCAAAUAGACUUUAGAAUAUGUAUUUGCAAAGUUGUCACAAAGUUACCUUUCUUGAUGGUACCUUUAUAUGACUGAUUACCUCCAUGCACCUGUCAGUAUUAAAGGAAUAGAUAGAGCUAAGAGAAAACUUAUAGUAUGUGUACUUUCAUCCUGUAUUUUUUUUACAAUGUGGUACUUUGCUUACAAUAUGUUGCAACAAGCUAUCAACAGCAA